AUUCUUGGUCAAGAACUAAUGCUAUUUGCUUACACACGCACACACACACAAACACGCUUGUAUAUAAAAGCAAAAAUUACGAAGCUAUUGUUCUUUAAAUUCAAAAGAGAGAGAGAAGAAGAUAGAGAAAGAAGUGAAAGGCAGCAAAAGAUAAAAAAUGGAGAAGAAGAUUAGUGUGUUUGUUAUGUGUAUGAUAUUUUUAUUGGUGGGCUCGUCUUUGAUGUUUAGGGGAGUGAAUUGUAGAGCCCUACAAUCAAAGCACUUGAGAGAUAUCAACGGCCAAGAUCAAUCGGUGGUGGCCAUGAAGGUGAAGAGCAGCUCGAGCAGUCCACGUCUUUUGAUGAGGAGCUAUGGUUUCCGGUUAGCGUCUGGACCGAGCAGAAGAGGACGAGGUCACUGAUCAAAAAUUACCAUUUACUCUUUUUAAAAAUGUUAAUCUUUACUCUAUUUCUGUUUCUUUUGGUUAGAUCAUCUUAAUCGUGUUUCAUUAGUUUUGUUGGACGUUUUGUUCAAGAUGUAACGUGUAACAAGAAGUUACUAGAUUGAUCCCUCGAUUCCAUAAAUGUAUGGAAUUUUUUCUUUCAA